GAAUAAUUAUUAAAAAGGGGAGUAAAGUGCGGAAGAGAGCGAGAGAGAGAGAGAGAAGAAAACCCUCGGUUUGGUUAUUCUUCAUUUGGAUUCAAAAACCGCCCUUACAACUGCGAGUCUGCUACCGUCUGUCUAUUACCAAAUCUUAAACGCUUCCUCUGUUUCUCUACUCUCGCCGUUUUGAUCAGGCCGUGGCGGCGGAAAUGAGCGUUGAGGGUGGGGCCACUCUACUUCAUGAUGCUGCCUUGCCAUAAUGACCGUUCUUCACGACUCCCUAAGAUCCGAUGUCGGCGUUUGCGUCAGAGCCGUACGGGAACCGCCUUCGUUGCGGUUGCCGCCUUGAUUUUCUCCACUAUUGCCUGGCUAUCUCUUGUUUUCUCCAGCGCCAACACCACUCAACGUUGGCGUCGUUUUAAGUACUGGGAAGGUAGCCCCCAUUCACUCUCCGGUUCAAUCCCUUGGUCAUAUUCUCCUAAUCGCCUUCCGAUUCCUCCUCUUUCUCCUCGGCUUGAGUCGCCGCAAGUAUCUCCUCGUAACCGCAACCUCUCGGAGCGUGGAAAUCGAAAACGAGGGAUUUCAGUAAACGACAUCGUUUUCGGUAUAGCAGGAUCCGCCCAUCUAUGGAAGCAGCGGAAAGAGGUAGUUCGGCUGUGGUGGCGACCUUUGGAAAUGCGGGGUCACGUUUGGUUAGAAGAGUGGGUUCCACCUAAAGAAACCGACGAUUCGCUUCCGCCGAUCAUGGUUUCCGAGGACAUUUCAGGUUUCCGUUACACUAACCCAACGGGUCACCCCUCCGGACUCCGAAUCUCCCGCAUUUUAACGGAAUCCUUCCGUCUUUGUCUGCCUGACGUCCGCUGGUUUGUUUUAGGAGAUGACGACACCGUUUUCAACGUGGACAAUCUGGUAGCAGUCUUGAACAAAUACGAUCAUUCCGAGAUGAUGUACAUCGGAACACCCUCAGAAAGUCACUCCGCCAAUGCGUACUUCAGCCACUCCAUGGCAUUUGGCGGCGGCGGAAUCGCUAUCAGUUAUCCUCUCGCCGAGGCUCUCUCUAAAUUCCAUGACGAUUGUAUUGAGAGGUACCCGAAGCUUUAUGGAAGCGAUGACCGUCUACACGCUUGCAUAACUGAACUUGGUGUUCCUCUAACUAGAGAACAUGGUUUUCACCAGUGGGAUAUUAGAGGAAAUGCGCAUGGCCUUUUAUCUUCUCAUCCAAUUGCACCAUUCGUUUCAAUUCACCAUGUUGAAUAUGUGGAUCCAUUUUAUCCCGGACUGAGUAGGUUGGACAGUUUAAAACUUUUUACAAAAGCUAUGAAAACUGAACCCAGGAGCUUUCUGCAACGAUCAAUCUGUUAUGACCAUGAACGACAUCUCACCUUUUCAGUUUCACUUGGUUAUGUUGUUCAAGUGUUCCCGAAUAUUGUGCUACCUCGUGAGCUAGAACGUUCAGAGCAUACUUAUAUUGCCUGGAAUAAAUUAGGGAAUCCGCAAGAAUUUGAUCACGACACUAGGAAAUCAUACAAAUCUGUUUGCAAAAAGCCAGUUCUGUUUUUUCUCAAAGAUGUAAUGAAAGAUGGCAAUGCUACAUUGGGUUCCUAUGCCCGGGUCAAGGCCAAAAAUGAUCUGAAGAGAAAGGUUUUCUGCUUUCCACAUUCCCCUCCGUUGCAAUAUGUUCAGAAUAUCCAGGUUGUUGGCAAUCCUCUAGGAAAGAAUUGGCAUCUGGCGCCGCGUCGGUUGUGUUGCAAGGUAAACAAUACUGGUGAUGAAGCCCUUCGAUUAACAGUUGGCCAGUGCGAGAAGGGAGCUCUCAGUUCGUUUACUGAUUCUCUGUGAAUGAUCGAGGGAUGCUGUUGAUUAUAUAUUCAGGCUCAAGGUAGACCUCAAGCUAUUUUGUGCUUUAUGCUCUUUUUGCUGCAUGGGAGUUUUUGGGCUGUUCCUUGAGAUUGACAGUGGGCACUUAUAUUUUUUUUACUUCCCUAUAUCAUCUAUUGGAGUGGUUUGUUGUAUACACUACCCAGUUGAUGGAGUUGAAGAUUGGGUUGCAACUUCAGCUUAGUCAUUCAA